AUGUAUAUAGGAAUGGAUUCUUCCAAAGGCCAAGAUUACCACAUUUCCAACCGGAAGUGGGGUUACGUCAUCUUACUCUCCAAGUUCGUUAUUAAUAUGUGGAGUGGCAUCGCAAAGUCAUUUGGUGUACUGCUUCCUUUGAUGGUCGAGAGGUUUCACGGAAAUUACGCCUCUUUGGCAUUCAUCUGCAGUAUUCCCAUGACAGUGUCAUUCUUUUCAGGUCCUUUUGUUGCCUUGAUCCUUAAAAAGGUUAAUCAUCGGGCCGCUGCUAUGUCAGGAGGAAUAAUAUGCGCGGUAUCUCUGAUAGCAUGUGGUUUCAUCUCAAACAUAACCGUGUUCGGUAUACUUCUCACUCUUACAGGUAUGGUAAGGAUGGUGUUUCUGGCCCCCGUCUACAUUGAUAAAUCUUUUUUUCAAUACAAUUCUAUUACAGGAUUUAGGGGAUUUGUCUACAUUCCGUUAACCAUACUCUUGAAUGAGUACUUUAAAGACAACUUUGCCUUGAUCAACACCGUGGCAUCCUUUGGUGCGACGAUAGGCAUUACAUUCCUACCUGUCGUAGCUGAGAGAUCUCUGGAAGCUUACGGUUAUCAUGCAGUGUUUAUGAUGCUUGGAGGGAUCAUGCUUCAUUUGGUUGCAGCGGCAGCCACUAUCCGGAAACCGAUCAUCAAGGUCAAAGACCACACCACUGGACAAAGUGGUCAUCACCUUGAUAUACCAGAGGCAGACCAUUUGCAUCAGAUCGGUCGUGUUCUGUCGACGCGGGAUGGACACGAAGCUAGAUCAAAGACAAAAACUAUGGUUAAAAAGACAGGGGCGGUGGAUGGCUCAAGUAAGGGUACAGCCAAAACCACGACAGGACAGCUACGUUCUGAUCAGAAACGAACCUCAAGCAUUAUUAAGAAUAAUGGCAAGAUCCAAAACGACCUCAAUAAACAUGAUAAAGGAGAAAGGCGUGGCGAGGACGUGUCCGCAUACAGCGUUUACUCUGAUGAAGACAUGGAGCAGAAUGUUCCUUUGAUAAACAGAAGGAUCGAUUCCGAUGAUCAGAAUCCUUCGAAACCCGAUGAAGAUAAUGACGUCAAGAAAUCUCUUUGGUCUGGCUGCAAGCAUUUCAUCACCCAGGAAACCCUCUUCUUGGGAUGUCUCCCAGUGAUUUAUUUCCACGAUUACUCAAUGCAGGUCUGGGUGCUGUUUUUGGUGCCACACGCCGAGUAUCUAGGCAUCGAUCAAUCGACCGCUGUCUUUUUGUCUUCAUUUGGCGGUCUGGGUGGAAUUAUCGGCAGGAUCAUUGCAGUCAUACUCCUCGCAAAGAAAGUCCACAUGUUCAAAAUCUACAUCGUUGUCGGUUUCGUAAACAGUUUGACAUUUUUCUUGGAUUUCGUCGGUUGGUCGUUCCUCGUUCGGUCAGUCUUGGCCUUCAUACAGGGCUUCUGCUUUUUCUUACUCGACACGGCAGGCUCGACGUUUCUCCAAGAGCUAGUAGAAGAUGAUCGUAACUUUAGUUUCGCUCUUGGGCUGAUUAUGUUCAUGCGUGGGUGCAGCAGUAUAUCCGCAGGAUUUUUGACAGGAACUUUAAUUGACACCCUGCAGUCAUUCACCAAAGUCUUCAUGAUAACCGGAAUUUGGAUGGCCAUCUCUACCAUCAACAUUGCAGUCUUAUUGUUGAUCUUAAUCAAAAGAGAGAAAUCGAAAUCACAAUGUACGGUUAAACGUGAUACUUGAAUCAUAAGGAGAUUCGGGCAAACAUGAACUACUCGACUUGACAUGCACCCCCCCCUCCCAUCGCCUCGAUCAGAAUGAUGGGGGAAUAACUAUAUUCUAUGAAGAUGGUGGGUGGGUGGAUGACAAGAUCGAAUAGUAUUAAACAUAGUUAUGCCCAUACCUAGUUUUAAAAUUAAGGGUCAAGUCCACUCCAGAAAUGUAUGAAUUUCAAUCAAUACAGAAAAAAAAUCAAACAAGAAUAGCGCUGAAAACUUCAUCGAAAUCGGAUUUAAAAUAAGAAAAUUAUGACAAUUUUGCUAUUUAUUUUGCCUAAUCAUUUAUAUAGUACAUUAGCUCAGUGACAUGCAAAUGAGACAUUCGAUGAUGUCCCUCCUAUUUCUUUAGUUUUUUAUUGUUUGAAGUAUA